AUGUUCACUGAUAAAGUGGUGCUGAUCACUGGCGCCAGCUCCGGCAUCGGAGCUGCUUGUGCAUUACAUUUCGCCAAGUGCUCCGCUACAUUAUCAUUAGUAGGCAGAAAUUUAGACAACCUCACCAAAAUAGGCACUCAGUGUGAAAAACUAAGUCAUCUCAAACCACUCCUCAUAGUCGCUGAUUUAACAUCGGAAAGUGAUAUAGAAAAAAUCGUCACAGAAACUGUAAGUAAAUAUAACAAAAUUGACAUCCUGAUAAACAAUGCCGGAAUAAACUGUGUGUCAGGAACAAUCACGUCAGCAGAGGCUUACGAUCGAGUUAUGGCUACCAAUCUGCGCGGCACGUAUCUGCUCACUACUCAAGUGACGCCUUACUUGGUGAAAUCGAAAGGGAACAUCGUAAACAUGUCAAGUAUCUUAUCCAACAAACCUCUGCCGAUCAUGACACCGUACUGCAUGUCAAAGGCAGCCAUCGAUAUGCUUACAAAGUGCACUGCUCUACAAUUAGGUCCAAAAGGAGUAAGAGUGAAUGCUGUGAAUCCGGGACCCGUGAAAACUGAACUAUUCAGAAGGGCUGGUAUGAGUGAUGCAGAUUGUGACAAAAUGUUUGUUGGCAUCGAAAUGAAUAGCCCCUUGAAGAAAAUAAUAAAAGGGGAAGAUGUGGCGGAACUAGUAAUGUUCCUAGCCAGUGAUAAAGCAAGUUGUAUUAAUGGAAGUUGCUAUGUCAUCGACUGCGGACUCAUGCUGGGCGAUGCCGGCAAUUUGUGAU